CAUCUUUGACGGUUAUGGUUCAACCCUGCCCACUUUUCAUAGCCAUGGAUAUGGACAUCCACUCCAACCCGACCCAAACCCUUAAAUCCUCAGCUUCAAAGCUCCCCAUCAAACGCAAAACGCCACCAAACUCUUUCACAUCAUCUGCCCCCGAUUCUCCCCCUGACGCCGUCGUGCACGGCGGAUGUAAUGGCCAAGAAACCGCCCCUCCGCCCUUCAAGUUUCAUCGGAUAUGGACCGAAUCCGACGAGAUCCGGUUCCUCCAGGGCCUUCUCGAUUGCGGCGCCGAGAGCCUCGCAUUUCCGCGGGACCUCAACGUUUUCUACACUCGAUUCUCCAGCACUAUGUCGCAGCCGUACACCAAGUCCCAGCUCUCCGAGAAGCUCCGCCGUCUCCGUAAGAAGUUCCGGGUAAUCUCCGCUCGCCUGGCCAAGGGCCAUGAUUCGUCACUCCUCUCCCCCCAUGAUCGCGCUCUCCACGAUAUCUCCAAGCGCCUCUGGCACCCGGAUUUCGCCGCCAAAUCGCCGUUCUGUUAUAACGGCACCGGCGAGGCGCCGAAAAAAUCGGGCUUGGUCGGAGUGGCAGUUAGCUUCAUGCCUUCAUUGCCAUCAAUUUUGGCCUCCAAUCACUCUGCAAUUGAGGAUACUAUAAAAACUAAUGAUGAGAUUGGGUUGGAUGGAGAUGUGAAGUUGAGAGAGGUGAAUGUGGAGUUGGAUGAUGAUGGGAUAGUGGUCGAAAAAAUGGAGAAUUUGAGUGGGGUUGGGGCAAAAGUGGUAGUGGAUGUGUUUGAUGAGUGUCUGAGAGAGCUUAGGAAGGAUGUUGUGGGAGAAAAAUCGAGUCUUGAUGGCUGUUUUAAACAGGGGAAUGUGGAUGAGAGCUUUGAGGAGCGAUGGCGGAAACAAAGGGUUGCAGAAUUGGAUGUUUUCUCGAAACGAAUGAGGUUUCAGUGUGCAAUUCCAAUAUGUGAAGAACAAAUCAUAAGUUAAUCUACUUGAUCUCAUUGUUUGACUAGUUACUGUUAGGUAAUAAACUUAUAAAUAUCAAACUAUGUGAUUUAUAGUGGAAUUUAUAGUGAAUAUAAUCAGUUAUUCGAAUGGAUGGCUCUUUUUGUGAACAAGGUUUUCAAUAUGUUUACUGAAGGUUUGGUGUGAUAUAUAGCUUGUUUCAUUUCA